GGUCUCUCCCAACCCAAACCCACUCUGUGAUCCCACAAUCACGGACAGCUGCAACUUUUUUUUGGCAGUUUACACCGCCUGGCGCAAACGACGGGCUGCACCUCCAGCUAAUCAACCACACAAUUAGCACCGAGCUGCUGACGAGGCCACCGCCAGCCCAGAAACACACCCUGCAACCCGCGUCCUCUGAGAACACCGUCCUCACCCCCCCCCCCAGCAGCGAGGAGCGGCGAGGCAAGGAGAACCACAUCUCCCGACCCAGCGGGACCAGCCGGGAGGAGCCGGGAGGAGCCGGGAGGAACCCGCUGGUGCUGCCCCGCGGCCCCGGGCCCGGCGGGCGCGGGGGGCGGGCGCGGGGGGCGGGCGCUGGGCUCGGCCGGCGGGCGAUGCGCUUCCUCCGCUGAGCGGGCCCAGCCGGGCUGAGCCGAGCCGGCAGGAUGACGGUGGAGUUCGAGGAGUGUAUCAAGGACUCGCCCCGGUUCCGGGCAACCAUUGAUGAAGUGGAAACAGAUGUGGUGGAGAUAGAAGCAAAGCUUGACAAGCUGGUGAAGCUCUGCAGUGGGAUGAUUGAAGCAGGCAAAGCCUACAUCACCACCAACAAGCACUUUGUCAGCGGGGUCCGGGACUUGUCCCAGCAGUGCAAGAAGGAUGAAAUGAUUUCGGAGUGCCUCGACAAAUUUGGAGACAGUCUGCAGGAAAUGAUUAACUAUCACAUGAUCCUGUUUGACCAGGCUCAGAGAUCAGUCCGGCAGCAGCUGCACAAUUUUGUGAAAGAUGACGUCCGGAAGUUCAAGGAAACCAAGAAGCAGUUUGACAAGGUGAGGGAGGACAUGGAGAUCUCCCUGGUGAAGAAUGCCCAGGCACCUCGGCACAAGCCCCACGAAGUGGAAGAGGCCACAGGCACCUUGACCAUCACCAGGAAGUGUUUCCGACACCUGGCCCUGGACUACGUGUUGCAGAUCAACGUGCUGCAGGCCAAGAAGAAGUUUGAGAUCCUGGAUGCGAUGCUGUCCUUCAUGCAUGCCCAGUACACCUUCUUCCAGCAGGGCUACAGUCUUCUCCAUGAACUGGAUCCCUACAUGAAGAAACUAGCCACAGAGCUGGACCAGCUGGUGAUUGAUUCUGCAGUGGAGAAGAGAGAGAUGGAGCACAAGCAUGCACUGAUCCAGCAGAGGACCCUCCUGCAGGACUUCUCCUAUGAUGACUCAAAGGUGGAGUUCAAUGUUGAUGCCCCAAAUGGGGUGGUGAUGGAAGGUUACCUCUUCAAGAGAGCCAGCAACGCUUUCAAAACAUGGAACCGGAGGUGGUUCUCCAUACAGAACAGUCAGCUGGUCUACCAGAAAAAGCUAAAGGAUGUCCUCACGGUGGUGGUGGAAGACCUGCGGCUCUGCACUGUCAAGCCAUGUGAAGACAUAGAGAGGAGGUUUUGCUUUGAGGUCGUCUCACCUACCAAGAGCUGCAUGCUGCAGGCAGACUCGGAGAAGCUGCGUCAGGCCUGGAUUCAGGCUGUCCAGGCCAGCAUUGCUUCUGCCUACCGGGAGAGUCCUGACAGCUACUACAUUGAAAGACUGGACAGGACAGCUUCCCCCUCAACCAGCAGCAUUGAUUCUGCUACCGACUCCCGGGAGCGCAGCGUGAAAGGAGAGUCCAUCCUGCAGAGAGUGCAGAGCAUUCCUGGGAAUGACCAGUGCUGUGACUGUGGGCAGCCAGAUCCUCGCUGGGCCAGCAUCAACCUGGGCAUUCUGCUGUGCAUUGAGUGCUCUGGUAUCCACAGGAGUCUGGGUGUUCACUGCUCCAAGGUCAGAUCUCUCACACUGGAUUCCUGGGAGCCAGAGUUACUAAAACUGAUGUGUGAGCUGGGGAAUAGUACCAUGAAUCAGAUCUAUGAGGCACAAUGUGAAGAGCUGGGACUCAAGAAACCAACAGCAGGGAGCUCCAGGCAGGACAAGGAAGCCUGGAUCAAGGUGAAGUACGUGGAGAAGAAAUUCCUGAAGAAGCUGCCGAGCGGGGAGGCGCUGGCGGAGCACGAGCGCAAACCGCGGCGCUGGUGCGUGAAGAAGUGCCAGAGGCACAACAGCAGCACCCGGGCGCCCGCCACGCGCCGCAAGUACCGCCACGAAGCCAGCAACGCUUCCCCAGCCCCCUUCUCAUCAGCAGCUACCCUGGAGAGGAAGUUCCGCCGAGAUUCCCUCUUCUGCCCUGAUGAGCUGGACUCUCUCUUCUCCUACUUUGACACAGGGGCUGGCUCUGGCCCACGCAGUGCCAGCCACAUCUCCAUGCAGCACCCUCUGGCAGCUGGCCCUGGGAGUGGCAGUGGCCUUGGUCCCGGUGGGAGCGGUUCGCCGUUCCUCCUGGACGGAGGUCUGAGCAGUGACAGUGGGCUGGGAGGGAGCACAGAUGGCAGCACUGACAUCCUGGUGUUCGGCUCCGUGGUGGACAGCGUGACCGAGGAAGAGUGUGAGGUGUCGGAGGAGUCAAGCGGUGAAGCAGAGAUUGAGCAGGAGGCAUCAGAUUUGGAGGACCUGAGGGAGUUGCACCCUGGGCUGUUGAUCUACAAGGCAGCACAAGCCCGAAACCUGUCCCUGAUGGCAGAAGCACUGGCACAUGGUGCUGAGAUCAACUGGGUGAACGAUGAAGAUGAAAACAAAACUCCUCUGAUUCAAGCUGUGAUGGGGGGCUCCUUGAUAGCCUGUGAGUUCCUGCUGCAGAACGGGGCGGAUGUGAACCAAAGAGACAGCCGGGGCCGGGCUCCCCUGCACCACGCCACCUACCUGGGGCACACUGGCCAGGUCUGCUUGUUCCUGAAGCGAGGAGCGAAUCAGCACGCGGUGGAUGGGGACGGGCAGGACCCGCUCAGCAUUGCUGUCCAGGCAGCCAAUGCAGACAUUGUCACCUUGCUGCGUCUGGCGCGGAUGAACGAGGAGAUGCGAGAAGCAGAGGGUCCCUUUGGGCAGCCAGGACAAUAUCCCAGCAACAGCCCCACUGAGCUGCAGUACAGGAAGUGUAUACAGGAGUUCAUCAGCCUUAAUAUAGAUGAGUGUUAGUGACAACUCCCCCACCUCCCCUUUGCUGUCUUGAAGUUGGGCUGAACUUCUAGAAGCCCUGAGAAGCCCCAUCCUUGGUAUAUUGGUGUUUCUUGCA